ACCUGUUUAACUGUUAUUACUCGGGAGCUUUACGGAAUGAAAGGCAAACAAAUCUCGUCACUGUCCGGUGCGAAAGCCCAAGGUGGAAUAACAGAGUGGAACUACAUUUUUUGUUUCUUUUUGUGGCUGGACAUCGCUUCAUUUUUCAUCUGCUCCGUCGUCUCUCUUCAAAUCCUCGAGAGUAAUUAGGGUUUGUCUCUGAAAGCCUCUCUAUCGAGCGACUCCAGUGCCGGAAGCUGUUACCAUCGUUCAGAAAUUUUCAAAAUUUCUUUGAUGAGGCUCUUGCAGCUGUGUCUAGCAAUUUCUUUGACAUCAGGCUUCGCAGCGAUCUUUAUCUACAUUACUGGAGUCUCGACCCUCUAUGACAAAUAUAGUCUUACUGAUGAAGAUCUAAGUGCAUUGCUUUCCCUGCAGAGCAAUUUCAAGAAGUGCGUGAGUGCAAAUGGGUUAGGUUUACAUGCUGUGAGUGGCAGAGACUAUUGCCAAGUCGCAAUACAGUUUCCUAGUGACACUGUCCCCAAAUGGAGGGAUCCCAAAACAGGAGAACUUGAAGGCUUGUCAUUUGAUUUUAAUCUCUGUGAGGCUAUUUCUAUAUGGGAACGGGUGCGGAAUAGUACCACAAUACUGACCAGGGAAUUCAUUGAUGCUCUACCAAAUGGAUGGGAGGAAUAUGCAUGGCGCAGGAUCAAUAAGGGAAUACUUCUUAACCACUGUGAGAAUAAGACACUUUGCAUGGAGAAACUUGCAUUAGUACUGCCUGAGACUCCUCCAUUCAUUCCUCGGCAAUUUGAUCGGUGUGCUGUUAUUGGAAACUCGGGAGAUCUUCUCAAGACAAGAUUUGGGCAUGAGAUAGAUCAUUAUGAUGCUGUUGUCAGAGAAAAUGGUGCACCAAUCCAGAACUACACAGAGUAUGUAGGUAGGAAAAGUACAUUUCGCCUUUUAAAUAGAGGAUCCGCCAAGGCACUUGAUAAAGUUGCUGAGCUGGAUGAAACUGAGAAGGAGGUCUUGAUUAUUAAGACAACAAUUCAUGACACCAUGAGCAAAAUGAUCCGGGAAGUCCCAAUACACAAUCCAGUAUAUCUCAUGUUAGGUGCAUCUUUUGGUUCAGCUGCAAAAGGAACAGGGCUCAAGGCUCUUGAAUUAGCUCUCUCUGUUUGUGAUUCUGUAGAUAUGUAUGGCUUCACUGUGGAUCCAGGUUAUAAAGAAUGGACCAGAUAUUUCUCAGAGUCAAGACAGGGUCAUACCCCAUUACAUGGUAGAGCAUAUUAUCAGAUGAUGGAGUGUUUGGGACUUAUCAAAAUCCAUUCCCCAAUGCGAGCUGAUCCUAACCGCAUGGUGAAGUGGGUUCCCAGUCGUGAUUCACUGACAGCUGCAAGAAUUGCAUCAGAGAAAUUAUUGAGGAGGGAUGGAGCAGGGACAGGAGACCCACUGGGUGUGUGUUCCAUUUCGAAGAAGCGGCGGGAACAAAAGAGUAUGAAGCUUUCCAUUGUCAGAAGGGCUGCUAUAGAGCAUCAGAAUAAUGUGAAAGGCACAACCAUGUACCCUCUGGAGCAUAGUCUUGGACAUGGAAUGCUUUGCAUAGUGCCCAAAUUCUGAAUUUUGGAAACAACUAUACGAGUCAGAAUGCACCAAACAUAAGGAGAGGCUAGAUUUGACCAGUGAAUUGCAUCUGAAUUCUUCCUAACACAUCGUCUAAACCCAUUCAAAUUCUUCAUUCUUUCCAAUUAUCCAUAUCUGUGGCCAUUACUCUGAACUUCAUUAAAGUGGAUAUCUGGAUGAGAGAUGGAAUAUUUUCCAUAUUUAAGCAUACACCAGGUGCUGCUUGAGCCAAAAUGUCCAGAGCAGUGAUGCACACCCAAUUUAUCGUAAUUGUUCUUUGAUUAGCCAUCUCGAUCCGUCAAAAAGUUCCAUAUCCAGUAGUAAAGUGUUGGAGGUAUGAUCACUGGCCACUUGGCCAGCAUCUGACUUGGUUUUGCCUCAUCGGAUUGUCCUAUAGCAUCUGCGUCAAUCUUUUAUAGCCUGUUAGCAGUAAUUUUAUUUAGCAGAUCAAUUAUUAUUAGAUGUAAGUUUUGUGCCUUGGCCUUCGGAGAGCAAAUAAUAGGUCCAAAAAUUUUUACUAGCGCAUUUGUGCCUGUGACAUUUGUAUUUUGGUCGUAUUAAUUUAUUUAUUUGAACUGCUAUUUGAAUUAUUAUGAUGGCAUUCACCGAGCGAAAAUUGAGGAUUGGAAUUCACUGAUUUAUGCCAA